AUGCGUCCGUGUUCGUCUCGUCUAUCCGAAAUCCGUUCCCAAGAAAACCCUUGUUCGUAUUUUAUACUCAAUCCAAGUGAAGCACUGAGGCAGGGGUCAGUGGGACAGGCCAUUUCAACUCCCACUUUCGCAAAUCGCUUUCCCUGUCUCCUUAUACUCAAUGCUCUUCAUUCCACCCUGCUCCCCUCUCCGACUUUACCCACGCUAUGCCUCACUUUAUUUCUCCUCUCAAUCCACUGCUUUCACAUCCACUCACCUGGUUUUUUGUCUUUUCUUUCUACUUUAUUUUCACAUUUUCUUUUCUCUUCUUUUCUUGUACUAUUCUUUCUUUCUAGUUCUUUCAUAUCCUUAAUCCUCACACAUCAUUUCUUCUCCUCUGAUAAUUUAUAUUUUCUUUCUUUCUUUUUCUUUCUUUCUUUCUUCAACCCUAUCACUUACAGGUUUUUUUCUUUUCUUUUCUCUGCUUCUUUUUUUACACACUUCCCUUGUCUUUCUUUUUCUUAUAUUUCCUUCCUCCAUUUUUUUUCUUUCUUUCUUUCUUUCUUCGAUCUGAUUCUCAAUCAUACCCAUCCUUUCCUCUCGCUUCUUGCUGCCCCACCAUAUUCAUUGCACAGAUAUUUUAGCAAAGUCUCUCUCUCUCUCUCUCUCUCUCUCUCUCUCUCUCUCUCUCUCUCUCUCUCUCUCUCUGUUCUGGGCGACGUCUUUAUCAGUGCACUCAUCCCCUUGAUGUAG